UACACUCGAUUGUCUUUCGUCAAAUAUCUCUACAUCCUAUUGGUUAUUGAUAUGCCGCGACUUGAGGAGCUUGAGCAUGAUUCUUUGCAGAAUGAGCAUGGUUGGACGGGCAGCUAUCAUGAGGUUCAAGGUCGGGCAAAGAGCUUGUGGGAAGCUUUCUCAAACUUCGCGUUGAGGGACAAUGUGCUUGAAGUAGCUGUUGGUCUAAUUUUUGCAUCUGCGUUUACUGCCGUUGCGAACUCACUUGUUACUGACAUCAUCCUUCCUAUCAUUUCACUCCUCCCGUUUAUAUCUCGGAACCUUGACGAGCGUUUUACGAUUUUGCGACAAGGUCAUCACGCCAAUCAAGUAUAUAACACAGUUCAGCAAGCUUUAGAUGAUGGAGCUGUGGUCUGGGCUUGGGGUAAUUUUGUGGACAAGGUCUUGCGAUUCCUGGUGCUUGCGGUCGCAUUGUUCCUGAUAGCGAAGACUUAUAGUUGGGCGGCUUCUGACAACAUUAUCAAGAGGCAAGUUAAGUGCAAGUAUUGCAGGAAAUAUAUUUCUGAAAAGGCGCAACGCUGUGUUAACUGUACAUCAUGGCAGGAUGGAAGAGAGGAAUCACGAGGUCAUUGAGCGUCACAGCCUCCUCAAUCCUAUUGGGGACGAGGAUUUCGCUUGAAGCUCUAUAUCUGUCACUGACAGAUUGAACUUUUGUACUUUCCUUUAUCUUUGAGAUACCCUGUGAUGCUAGGGCUACAAUACUAGCAAUGUGAUUUUUUU